CCUAAAUACACUUGUUCCAAAUGAAUGAAUGAAUGAAUGAAUGUUUGUGUGAGGUCAUGUAUGUUAUUCUGUCCAGGAGAGAAAACUCUGUCUGUGCUUGUGCAGGUCAGACAUGCAGAUCACUCGUCUCACCACCAUCUUGGCCUCUCCAUGGCAACCCCCAUCCUACACACACACACACACACACACACACACACACACACACACACACACACACACACACACACACUCUUCUUCUUAAGCAGGCUUUUCGUUCUAUCCUUAGCCCUCUCUCCUCCUCCCUCCUCCCUCCUCCUCCUCCUCCAUGUGCCCGAUUAGCGUCUGCCAUUUUAGUUCAGAGUUGUGUGCUGGUUGUGGACUCACAGUGUCCUGGUCUGGUGUGGUCUGUCUCCACAGUGGGACCCUGCACGGACACAAAGCAGCUCCUCCUGCAGCUCCGUCGUCACUCCUGCUCACACCAUGGUUCCUCCACAUGUGAGUGUGAAAGCGCAGCAUGCAGUCGGUACACACAGGGAUGUGGGACCCUCAGUCCGCCUCUAAACAUGCCACGGCCCUCCCACAAGCACCGCCCUCCACGCUACGCCACACUCACGUGACCGCAGCCGCCCCGGCGAAGAGGAUCACCUUCUACAAAAGCGGCGACAGUCGGUUCGGGGGCGUGAAGAUGGCCGUCCACAAGCGCAGCUUCAAAUGCUUCGACGCCCUGCUGGACGACCUUUCACAAAAGGUGCCUCUUCCAUUCGGUGUCCGGACUGUAACCACCCCCCAUGGCAUCAACACCAUCAAACAUCUAGACCAGCUCCAGGAUGGAGGUUGCUACUUGUGCUCUGACCGGCGCCAAGCUAAACCAAUCAACAUGGAGCUUGCCAGCAAAUGCCCAAGCAUCUGGUACCAUCACAGCCGGAGGCCACAGCGCCCCGAAACCUCCUCUGUGACGCCACCUGGACAUCUUCCCUACAGGCAGCGACGGAUUCUGCUGGUGAAAAACAGUGAACCGAGGAUGAGGAGGAGUGUGGUGCUGAGCAGGAGGUCCACCAGGAGCCUCAGGGCCUUCCUGGACGAAGUAUCCGAGGUGAUGCAGUUUCAUGUCCACAAACUCUAUACCGCAGAGGGACGCAAGAUUGACAGCGUUCAGAGCCUCAUAACUUGCCCCGGUGUGCUGGUGUGUGUUGGCCGGGAAGCAUUCAGUCCACUGCUGCUGAACUGCAUCAAGAAGAGCUCAGAGGAGAAGCUGCCUGGUCUCGACAGUAGGUCCCCUGGUCUCCGUCCCAGGACUCCUGGAAACGGAGCCCGAUCUCCUAUGACUCAAGGAGCAAGAUCUCCACCUCAUGGAGGUCAGUCCAGAGCCAGUGAGUACAGCGAAGGACAUGAGAGUAAGAAAAAUGUGAACUUUGGUCUGGAAACCAAAAAGAGCAUAAUCCACCCACGUUCUGACUCUUCAAACCGCUCCACCCGCUUCUCUUUGUCUUCAGAGAAAUCAUACGGCAAUGGCAUCAGUGCCUGCUCGCAGCCCAGAGCGGCUAUAAUGAACGAUGACAUUGAAAAGCGUGUGUUUGUCAAUAAAGACGGAAGCCUCUCUCUGGAGAUGAGGGUGCGUUUUCGACUCCACAGUGACGAAACGCUGCAGUGGUCCACACAGAUCAAAAAGUCCCCUUCUCUGACCAAUGACUACUCCUCCCUAACACGGGUACAGCCCCAUUACCUUGAAAAGGGCCAAUCAGAAACCUGUUCUGAUCCUGAUUCCAUGUCCUUUGACCCGGAGAGUGUGGAUUAUUCCACUCAUACGCAGCAAACAUUAGAAGCAAACCACUGUCCUUGCUGUUACCAGCGACGUGAGCAGCAAUACGACUUCUGGGAAAACCCGGCACACAAGCGCAAACAGCCUCAUCAUCAACAUAGCACUAGCCACACCCACACUGUCAUAAGAAACACAAACUCCUCCAGCUCCUCUUCAUCGUGUAACUCCAGGAGAGUGGUGCACCGCCGGGCACGGGUGUCCAGCUGUGGAGGAGGCUCAGGUUCAGAGCAGGGUCAGCUGAUCCAGGAGGAGAUGUGCGUGACGGAGAGCAGGGUAGAGGUGGAGCAGGACGGAGACACCCGAGUGGAGGUGUGCAGGGUUAGCCGGUGCUGCAGCCGCAGCGAAGUGGUCGCCAUGGAUGGCAACACACAAGCAAGUAGCAACAAGUCCGUUGAGGAUGAGCUGAUGACGGAGGAGGAGCGUCCUCCGUCUGCAGUCAGCAGCUCCUCACAUGUUCUGCAGUCACUGAAAGAGGACCAGGAUGACGAGGAUGAAGACCUGCCACCCAGUGCCUCACAGUGCUGUUACAGUAAGGAACCAUCACCAACUCAUCAGAAUAACAAUCUAUCAAGAAAAAACUCAGAGGAACCGGAUCGGAUUCCAAGCUUCAAAUCUGAAAUGAGCAGAGCCUCUUGCAGGUCGGGCAAAGACAACAGCUCGAAAGAGGAGAAAGCAGCUGAUGAUGAAGAAGAAGAAAGGGUUGGUUGUAGUUUGUCUGGAGGUUCUCAGAGAUCAGAAGCAGCAACUAUGUGCCCUAACUGUGGAGGCUGCAAACAUGGUAGCCAUGCAGCAUCACAGCAAUCCCAUCAGUCCCAUCAAGCCUCUUCAAACCCUACUUCACCUGUUGGCAUGAAAGAGAAUGCUGUUAAUGGCUGCAGUGACGACGACUCAGACAAUUCAGCUGUGUCAAAGCAGUCCAACAAAACCAACCUCACCAUCAGUGGACGCUCUGCUGCAUUAUCAAACUUCCAGGAGGCCAGGACAUCCAGUGCCAUGUCUGGAACAUCCAAUCCAGCACCUGCAACUGAACAGAAAGAAAGGGCUCUUAGUGUCAUCUCAGCAACGAGCCAUAGGUCCACAAGAUCAAAGAGAAGUCCCAGCGCUAUGUCUGUCAAAUCCAGAACAUCUCACAAGUCCAACUGCAGAGAAGAAGCAGAGGGAGAGAACACAGUAGAGAGAGCUAUCAGCUCCUUGUCAGCUAAAUCUGAAGUGUCAACAAAAACCUGUGAUUCAGGCAAAUCUCAUAAGUCCAACUGUCCAUCAAGUGCUAAGGAUGUCUCCAGCACAGCAAUGGAAGAUAAUGAGAGAAACAAAGAAACUCCCAAUAGACGUUCAGAUAGCGCCCUGUCUGCUAAAUCUACCAAAUCAAAUAUUAUGGCAAAAUCCGGCACAAAUAGGUCUAACUGUAAAGAGCAUGAAACUGUGGCAAAUGUAGCAGAGGAAAAAGAAAAUGAGGUGGAAGAAGAAGAAGAAGAAGAGGAAAUAGAAGAGAGGGCAGAAAGUGAUGAAUCAGAAGAACAAGCGGCCAGUGCUAGGUCAGCUAAGUCUUAUAAGUCUAACCUCAACGGUGACACAUGCUCUGAAACGCAUGAUAUUACCAGCGAUAGAGAAGCUAAGACUAGGACUGCCAGUGUUUUAUCUGGUAAAUCACAGGCAAAAGUGAACGGUGUGGUGGACAGAACGUCCAGUGCCAUGUCGGUAAAGUCCUCCAAGUCCUGCAUGACAGACUGCACCUCAGUGUCUCCACACAAAGAGGAAAAACAAACUGAAGACCAAGAGAGAAUUGCUAGUGCCAUGUCUGUAAAGUCAAGAUCUUCAGCAAGAUCCAAAACAUCUCACAAGUCGAGAUCUAGCAAGUACCUUACGACGGGUCAAGAGAUUGAUGAAGAGAGAAAUGAGGCAGCAGAGCUAGCUAAAUCAAGAAAAUCUGAUUCAUCAAAUCAUAAUGGAACAGCUGAUUGUGCUGUUAUUGAAACCAUUGACUUUCUUGAUCAGUACCUUUCACCCAGGAGGACACGUUCCCCCAGAAUCAACUCACCCAGUUCUCACCCAGCUGUAUCCAACAGUCCUCAAUGCCCUACAGCACAACAACAUUUUUUGUCCGGCCAAAGUGCUGGACAGACAAAAGGGCCCAGUGCCUUGUCAGUUCACUCCACAACCUCUACUCAAUCAGGCAGACCCAAAUGUCACUGUGGAGUAGCUUCAGCAAAUGAGGUGGACGAUGACCAGGAGAAGGCUUCUGAGCGGGCUGUUAGCUUCUUAUCAUCGUCUUCCAGACGUCAGAGGAAGGAAUCAGGAGGCACAGAGCAACCACUGAGUCGAUGCUCAUCAGGGUCAGUGUCUCUUGGGUUACCAGAAGAUCAAGAAACAGGUGACUCAGACAGUGGCAAGUCCAGUGUAUCCUUUCAUACAAAUACUGAGAGUAAGGGUAGAGUGAAGACAGCAGAUCCUAAAGUCCCGAAAAGCAAAGAGAGGUCUGCUAAACAAGAAGAUGUGGAGGAAACAAGAUCCAAGAAUAAUACCAGCAAAGGCACAAUGACUCUUAAUCCUACAGCAGUUGAAAUCCCCACUAUCAAAACUCCAGCGGCGAGUGAAGAUGAAGAUGAAGGAGGAGGAGGAACAAAAACAGCAAGAGCAGCCACUGCACUUUCAGCCAAGAGCAGCAAGUCCUCUUGUAAGUGUAGCACCAUUCAAACAGAACCAGUAAAUGGUGACAAUCUCAAUGCCCCCAAGAACAGACCUUCAUCUUCGAUGUCAACAGCAAGUGCUAAAGUUCGGAACAAGUCCCCUGCAAGUGCCAGUGCUAAAAAUGCCAAUGUAGCAAAAACACCUGUCAAAGAUAUUGAUGCUAAAAAUCAGAACAGACCAGUGUGCGAGACUGCAGAGACAAUAAGUGUUCACUCCAAGAGUCCGUGUCGACUCAGGCCUGAAUCUGCAGCUUCAGCAAAAUCAAGAUCAAAACCGAAAGAAGACGCUGUCAAAGCUCUCAAGGCCAAAUCUACCACAGGAAGGGAUAAAGGUGCUCUGUCUCACUCUUUAUCUGCUGCUGACCUGCUGAAGGAAACUAUCGCUGCACGUCCACACAGCCAACAGAGAAGUGAGAAAAGUGAAAAGUGUCAGAGAUCAAGGAACCAUAAGGAUAAGGAAGAACUGACACCCGCCUACCUUCCCAACGCCUCCCCUAAUGAGGUUGUUAGUCACUGGCUGCAGAGCAUUCCUGCAAACAGCAGCCUGCUGGGACUUGGCGAUGAGCUGGAAGAAGGUGAGCAGGAGAAGGAGGUGGAUGAGAAAAGUGAAGAGGCGGUAGCAGAAGAGGAGGACAGUCCUGAAGUUGAAAAAGUAGAUAACGAGGAGAUAACGGAGGCUGACAGGGAAGAGGAGAAACAGGGAGAAGGUAAAUGUAAUGAAGAGCAGAGUUCUAAUCCAACACCAGGUGAUGCAUUAGGGAACUCUUGCCCAGACCAUGGCAAAUCUCUUCCCAGGAACUGGCAGUCGUCUGUGGCUGUGAUGAAAGUACUUCUGAAUUCUUCGAUGGGUCGAUGCCAGAGCAUGCCCGAGGUGUCUCCAGUUUAUGGUCGGCGACUGAGCACAUCAGCCAGAGGAUUCUUGGACUGUUUGGCUCAGCUCCAGCUCAUUGGGCCUGCAGUGAACCAACAGAAGAACCACAACCAGCAGUAUGAAGACAUCAUGGCCAUCCUUCAGUCCCUCUGGCUCACUGAACCCAGAGACAUAGAUACCGCAAAUGUCAAGGACUGUGGCCCAGAGCAGGUGACGCCUCCAUGGUCGUCAUCCGGGGUGGACAUGAGCAGUGGCUCUGGUGGCUCAGGAAAGGAGAAUAUAAACCAAGGUGGAGAAGAAACAUCUCUAGGACCAAGUACAGAUGCAGCAAAGAAAGUGCAGAGUGAAGAACAAAGUGCAAUCCCUUCAAGUCUGGACAGCCCAAAAGCCACGGAGAACCCAUCAUCUUCAGACAAGAGCUCUGCCAACGACAGCUCCAAAUCCCCCACUGACAAUGAGACAAUGGACGACACCAGUUCAGGAACACCCCCAACCGUUCUGCAUGCACCCUUGUCCAAAAGAUCAUCCCAAGACCCUGACCCAGUUUGGGUCCUGCACCUUCUGAAGAAGCUGGAGAAACAGUUUAUCAACCACUACAUCAACGCGAUGGCGGAGUUUAAAGUUCGUUGGGACUUGGAUGACAGCCUCAUCCUAAACACGAUGAUCUCCGAGCUCAGGGAAGAGGUGAGCCGGCGCAUUCAGAGCAGCAUUGAGCGUGAGAUAAGGAAGAUUCAGACUCGAGCUGGCAGAGGAGGGAGGUCACCCAGGCCACCACAAGGAAGGAACCUCUCCAGAGACUCCACCAUGACCGAGAAGAGGCGCAAAAUGCUGAAGGUCAUGAAGAACCAAUCACUGAAGACUGCUGACUCUCUCAGUGACGGAGAGACGACGGGUGACUUCAGCGACCAGCGGAGUGAAGACGAGUACUGCCCCUGUGACGCUUGUGUCCGCAAGAAAUUGGCCACACGGCCUCUCAAAACAAACCCAGUGGCGACUGAAGCACCGGUGAUGAUGGAGUUUGAUCUCCUCAAGAUACUUCAGCUCAAGAAAGGUCCACUGCCCCCGCCCGUGGCUACACCGAAAUCCACAGACAUGGAAGGUGGCAGAGCGAUCCAAGAGAAGGAGGAGGAGGGGAGGAAUUUAGAGGUUGUGCAGGAGGAAGAGGAGUGGGAGGAAGAGGAGGAGAAAACCAAAGAGGAUAUUAAAGCUGAGAUUGUUUUAGAGGAGGCCAUCCCAGAGGAGGAUGAAGAGGUAGAAGAAGGAGAAACUGAAAGGAAAGAUAAUAGUGUCCAUGAUGAGGAGCAGAAAGAGGAGGAAGAAGAGAAGGAGGAGUCUGAGGAAACUAACAACGACACAAGUGAGGAUGAGUCAGCAGAUGAUGGAGAGAAAGGAGUGGAGGACAAAGGAACUGAGGCGGACAGUGACAAGGAGACAGUGAAGGAAACAAGAGCAGGUGAAGGAGAGAACAUUGAGAAUGGUGAGGGUGAGGAGGACAGUGACAACGAUGUAAAAAAUGAAGAACCGAUGCAGGCCAAGGACAGAAAUGACGAAGACGAGGGGGGAGAGAGUGAGGACGAGGAAGGAGCCUCAACAAAGGAGCAGGAAGUGACUGAGGGAGAAGAAGACACCGACACCUGUGUAGCAGCUGGAACCACAGGAAACGAGGAGACAGGAGAACCUGGAGAUGAAGACGAGACUGUGGAGGAGGUCAAAUCUGAAAAAGAAGGUGACAAGGUGACCUGUAAGAAAACACAGGACGCUGCUUUGCUCCAUCAGUUCACUAGGACUUCUGUGGAGUCCCAGCCCGGCUCGUUGGAGGACACUCACCCAGACUCGCCCCCCAUACCUGUGAACACCAUCGACGCCACAUCCACAGGGGAUGCAACAAGCCAGAGUGAUACGACGCACACCCAAGGGGAGUGACAUGGAACUCUUUUCCAUUAUACAGUAGUAGCACAACUCUGACUCUGACUCUGGUAUCUGGCACGUCAUGGUUUUCUACACAACACAAACACACAAACUAGUGACUUGUAAAGCAGUUGUUUUGGGUGUAACUGAAUCAUUAGAAUCAGUUGACUAAAAAGAUUUGUUUCCAGAAUCGUUGAAGUGAUGCGUGAACUAAACCUCCUCCCCACUGGUAGGUGGAGUAUUAAGCCCCGCUCACCAAGCAAAAAACAUUUCCACAACAAACGAUGUAGUCGCCAAAGAUAGUCCGGGUCACCAGGUCAAGGGUUGAACUGGCGGCCCUUGAACCGGCAGACACCCCUGCCUGAUGGGUCUUUCGUCCGUGAGUUGCUCGAACCAGACGUGUCUGAGCGAGCCGUAGCACCGUACUCAUCUUCUUUGGGAGGAAUGCGUUCUAUUCCCUGCGUCCAGAAUUGUAACGCCACCCCAUGGUGAAGUGGGAUACUACAGGAACCUGACGCAUGAGUAUACCAGGGUCUGCGAUAUGCGACGCACGCCACCACAGGUUUAAGACUCCGAAAAACACAGAUUAUGACGCCUAGCUUAAAAAAUGUAAACAAAACACUUGAAGCACUUUAAAACUCACACGGAUUAAUUAAUAAACCAAGUACCUCAGCAGACGACAUGCUCCCGACAAAUGAUUAGUUAAAUAUCAGUUAAUCAGUUCAUUUAUUUGUCUAUUUUGUCUUUGUCUCAUUAAGCUAGUGCUGGAUUCUCAGGGGUUUGACUGUGUUUCUUUAAACUAUACAUUUUUGUCUCUUUAUGUUUGUAUAAUAUUAACAUAAUAAAUAUGAAGCCAGGUCGACGCGACAGUGAGCUUAGCUAGCAUACGGACUCAAAACGGGGGGGAAACAGCUGGCAUGAUUUGCGAUUGUUGCUUCUACAGAUAGUUAGCAUAUUAUAACUUGUUUGUUCCAUGUAUUUAAACAAAAUCUUAGUUAUAAAAAGAGUCAUUUUUUCUGUGGUUCAAAUGCUAAAUUUUCUAACUAGAUUAGCUUGUUUUGAGUCUGUAUGCUAGCUCAUUAAAGCUAACGUGUGCUAAUGUUGAACAAUUCCACUGAGUUACUUUGUAAUACUCACAUCCACAGCAUGUAUGUCAGCAUUUUGUUUUCCUUUUAAAACACUUACAGCAAAUUCAACUCACUAUAUUUUGUGUAUUUAUGAACGUGUGUGUGUGUGUGUGUGUGUGUGUGUGUGAGUGUCAGUUUGAUGUGAAACGUCCUCUGGCGCUCGUUACCUGCUGUAUAUUCAGGUGGGGUUUGUGUGUAUAUAACCAGUCAUGUGGAGCGUGUGACUGUUGCCUUACUGUAUCCGUGGUUACGGGACAUGGUUGAUGGACAGACACACACACACGUGGUUACAUUUCAUCCCCCGACGUCUCUUCUGUCUCCUGAAAAACAAAGAACAAUGAAAAAGACAAUGCAAUUGUUUUCCUAUGCUGCUAUUGGUCCGUUUGUCUGUCAGUCAGUGUCGUCACUGUUAUGUACCCGAGUGAAUGAAAUAUAAAGCAGAUCACUUGGUGAAAGCAAUUUCCAAACCGGUCCUUAGGUGGCAGACUUGUAUUAAUAUUAUUUGUAUGAAUUCAGACGUGAGGAAAUGCUUUGGGAUCCAGGUCUGAUGUAAACUUUACUUAAACUAGCUUCUCCAAAUGUGUUUACAAAGCUGCUCUCAAGAUAAACACACUAAUCCUGUA